UAUUAAUUAAGCUUGUGACUGCCGGCUGCCUCCUUCUGCGCGCGAUCUGAGCUCCUUCGUCUUCGGCUGCCGUCAUCUUCUCUUCCCAUCGUCGUCGUCAUCAGGGCUUGUAUCUAGCGGGGUUGGUUGGAUACGUAUCAUGACUACUACCGUUCAGCUCCUGGAUUCCCUUGAUGUCCCCCAUGGAGUGCCACAGAUGAAACUCUGGACCGAACACCUCCCCAUCCAAAUAAAAAAUCAGGGCAACACAUUUGUUUGUUGGGCAUAUGUUGCGGCUAAGCAUUAUGAGUAUGUGAGGGCCAUUAUGUAUCCGGAUGACCCUCACAUUUCAUUCUCCGUUCAACAGCUCAUCGACGGUGUGUGCCCUUCUCCACGGAAAGUGGAUAAGAAGGGGGGAUACAAAUGGAGAGCAAGCAGCGCACUCCAAUGGAUUGUGGACAAUGGCCUUGCAACAGAGGCGGAUUACCCCAUGGCGCCGUAUAGGGGAUGUUUUCGACAGCUUAUGUCUAAUUGGAAAUUUAGGGCCUCAUCUGUGAAGUUGAUUCCCGACGGAGAUGAGGACGAAGUCAUCAGAGUAGUUGCCAAACAUCCCAUUGCGGCAUGCGUGGAAGUGUAUCCGUCAUUCAUAAAAUUGGAAAAGGGUGUUUAUCGGGGCCCAACCCCAGAAGAGACCAGCAAAGGCAAGCACGCAGUGGCGAUCGUUGGUUAUGGAAGAGACUUGACGACAAAUGAAGAAGUGUUCAUAAUUGAGAACACUUGGGGCACGGGUUGGGGGGAUGGCGGCCUUGGCAGAAUAAAGCGUGGCCAAAAAUUUGGCCAAACCCCUUUUCUAACUAGAUUUAGUUAUUUAUGUAUUUAAUUUGUGGGUUGUGUGGGGAGGGGUUGGGGGUGUCUAUUAUUAGUGUUAGGAUUAAUUAGUAAUAAUGUGUUCUUAGUGGGGUGCGUGCGUAUUACUGUGGACUCAUGUGCGUGUUUUUUUUACAGGUUAGUGUGCGCGUUUGCCAUCGGUUGAAGACCGUCAAGUGUCACUCGACGUCUGAAGCUGAAGGGAGGAAACGCUACUAUUUAGGAGUUUAAUUAUUAAUAGAAUAGAGAAUAUCGAACAAUUAAUUUUGCUUUUUAGUUCUUUUUGUUAUUGUUCAAUUCCUUUUUAGAAUUAGAACUCUAUUAUACCUUAAGUUUAGUUUUAAAAUGGUAGAAUUUUAUUCCUUUUUUGUUAUUUUGCAUGUCGAUGCUUUACAUAUUUCCAUGCAAACUUUUACAUUGUUUUUUAAUCUUGC